AUGGUUAUGCCUGGCAACAUUAAAGAUCGGUAUGGAAUGACCCUCUCCACCAACUCACCGGACGCCGCAGAGCGCUGGCAGGAAGGCGUUGACCUGCUUCUGGGACAGAAUUAUGGCGCCGAGGAGAAGCUGCAGGAAGCAAUUGACCUGGACGAGGGUUUCGCCGUCGCCCAUGGCUGCCUAGGCUUUCUGCACAUGACUCGGGCCCGACCCGAGGAAGCCAGGGCCAGCGCCAAGCGGGGGCUGGAAUUGGUUGAUGGAAUUACCGACCGGGAGCGACAACAUAUUGAAGCCGUUAAUCUUUGGGCCAACGGCAAGGGCACCGAUGCCGUCCGGCUGGCCAAAGAGCAUUUGGGCGAAUAUCCCCGGGACGCCGUUGUGAUGCGGCUGGCCCAGCGGCUCUACAUGCUGGGCUGCAGUGGCGCCGGUGUACAGCACUUCCCGCCGGCCCUCUUCGCCAUGAUGAAUGAGGUGGCCCCCCACUGCGGUGAUGACUGGGCCUUCCUGGGACAGUACGCCUUCGCCCACCACGAAAUGGGCAUAAUCGACAAGGCAAUGGAACUGGCGCAAAAGUCGCUGGACCUGAAUCCGGGCAACGCCGUGGCCGCCCAUUCCGUCACUCAUUCCUACUUUGAGUGGGGAGAUGCCAUGUCCGGGGGUAACUUCCUGGGCAACUGGCUGGAGGGGUUUGACCCCCGUGCCACCUACCAUGUUCACCUGUCCUGGCACCAGGCAUUAUUCGAGCUGGCCUUGGGCAGAUACCAGGAAGCCCUGCAACUGUACGAGGAGUGGAUCCGCCCCACCUGCAUUGCCAGGAACAUAUCCGGCCUGUCCGAUAGCGCUUCCCUGAUGUGGCGGCUGCAAAUUUACGGUAAAGAGGCGCCUCCCAUGCCCUGGGACGAAGUUAAGGAACAGGCUGCGCCGGCAGCCACCAACCCGGGUCCCGCCUUCCGUGAUGCCCAUGCCGCCCUCGCCUUCGCCGCCAGCGGAGACCAUGAGUUGAUGGACCAGAUGAUCAACCGACUCAGAACCAAUGCCGAGAACGGCAACGUCUUCGCCAAAGAGAUAAUCCUGCCUUUGGCCCAGGGCAUCUAUGCCUUUGCCCAACAGGACUAUUCGACCGCGGUUGACCACCUGGAACCGGUCUUCCCCCAGUUGACCCGCAUAGGUGGCAGCCACGCUCAGAGGGAGGUGUUCGAGGACACCCUGCUUGAGGCGUACCUGCGGGCCGAGCAGUUCGACAAGGCCGAGGAUAUGCUCCAGGAGCGGCUUGGCCGCCGGGAAACUCCACGGGACACCUUCUGGCUGGGGAGGGUUCUGGCCGGCAAGGGAGAGGCUGCAGCAGCUCAGGGCAAUCUGGCCAAGGCGUCGACUGUCUGGCAAAAGACCGGGGACGCCGAGACUCCUGAGUUAACCAACCUGCAAGAACUGGCUGGAAACUUGGCCUAA